AUGAUUUGCUUUGACAAGGACAUGAGUUCUUCAUUCAAUAACUCAAAAACUGAUUCAAUGAAUUACUCCUCAAACAACAGUUUACGUUCCAAAUUAAACGAAAAAAAUAACAUUAGCAAUGAAUCCAUAAGUGACAGUGAUAACAACAGCAUUAUUUCGGUCGUGAUUAAGACUGUUCCCUUGAAAAAGAUACCUUCUUUUCCCAAAGAACAAGAGCAAGGCUUGAAACCCAGAAAUUCCAUGAAGAUUUCUAGCAAGCAAGAUCGUACUUCAAUCAAACGAGAAUUAUCCAAAGAAUCUGCAAGGAGAUUUGGAAUCCCAAGAUCUGAAUUUCGCCAUAAUGGAAGUAUUAUUGAACUCCAUUCGAGACCAAACCAGAACUCAGCUGCAACAGCUUUUACAGGAAAUGUACACUCAUGUAAUUUGACGCCACCAACUGGAAACUCAGAUAACGAGUUAAACACUUUUAGUCGUUCGAGCAGCACUUACAGUGGUAAUAUCUCAGAGCACGGCUCAUCAGUCUAUGAUCGGAAUUUUCAACGGCCAGAAUCUCAUGAAUUGCACUCGAGGUCUGGUUCAAUGAGGUUAAACGAGGAAAGACCCUUUAACCCAUACCUGGAAAAGAUGCAAAGAAACAGAUUAUCCAAAGUAAUAGAGGAACCUACAACAUUUUCUACCAGUGAAAACAGGAGUAGCAGUAAUCUACAAAAAGAGAAAAGCACAACCAAGGAGAUUCAGAGAGGACAUAGUGAGACAAGGCGUUACAGUAGAAGAGCUUUAAGUUACAAGCCAACUUACACCUAUACAAAGGUGAAUCAUCAGCCAAAAACCAUUGAAAAGAAAAUAUCGCAGAGAAGACGCCAUAGCACAAACAAAAGUACCACAAGGGCUCCGUCUCAACUUAAACGUUCGAAUGCAAUAAAAAGGAAAGUUGGCUGGCUAUCUGCUCACAUUAAACAGUUUCUUCGAAAGUUAAAAGCAAGACUAUACUCUGGUUGGAGAGUGAUUCGACACAAGAAUAGUGUGAAAUUUAGAUCCGGCAAACCAAGAAACCAACGUGGCACCGUUUCUAACAUGUAUGCAAAUUCCAAAUUCAAGGAAACUUCCCUAAAAAGUUUCGAUCUUUUACCAACUGCUCAAAAAGAUACUCUCCCUGAAGAAAACUCUAAGCUGCUAGCUCCCUACCAAAUCACCAACGACAUGAAUAUAAAUAUCCCACAGAGUACAGUGCAACUUACGAGAGAUAGGACGAUCGUAUUUAACUCUCAUGGUGAGAUACAAUCAAAUAAAUCAAGUGUUGACAAUGAUAAUGACACAGCAGAUGAAAAAAAGAGAAAAGAAAAGCUUUCUACGAUACUUCCGUUGUGGGACCAUUAUCUCAAAACAGCUAUCAGCAAGAGGAUCCAAAUGAAUAUUGAUCUACAUAAUGCUGAACUACAAAGGAAGAAUACUGGAUCGACAAUGGCAAAGCAGGACUUUCUGUCAAGAUAUAUAUCACCUGGGACUGUUUCUUCGAUGAAUCUUGACACCGAUUCGACCGAUUCGACCGAUUCAUCUGAUUCAGAAGAUAGUUUAUCAAUGCAUGGUCAUUCAUCGUCAUUUGACCAAGAAAGUAUUUCCGACGUUGAAUCCAUACCUUCAGCAGUUUCGAUUCCAACAAAUAAACAGGAAUACAAUAAAAUGCGAAUGACUUAUGGAAGACAAAAAAUGGCUGGUGGAUUUUUGUCUCUUCCUCCUACUAGAACGAACAGUAACAUAUUAAGUAACCAAUCUAAAAUUGUUAGAUCACAAACUGUGCUUUUCUCCACCGCAAAAGAUGACAAGAAUGAACGAAUGAAAUACCCAAUUUCAUACAGAACAGAUUUUCAGAACACAAAUUCAAAAAAUGAGUUCAGUUUCGAACAGAUGUCUCAUCCAUUGUCAUACUCAAGGAAAGCAAUUUUGUAA